UCCUUUCCUACAGGCUUAAAACUUUGGCGGGUCCACAUAUGAAGAAGCUUAAAACCCUAUUGUUACAAUCACUGACAACAUCUACUACUACACAAUGGAGAAGAUCAACAGCAAUGAUCACGAAGAUUCGAAACCGGUGGUUCUCAUCACAGGUUGCACUGGAGGAGGUAUAGGUAACGCGCUUGCACGCUCCUUUGCAGCCAACAGCUGCAGAGUUGUUGCAACCAGCAGGUCACGUUCAACCAUGGCGGAUUUGGAUCAAGACCCUAAAUUCUUCCUUCAAGAACUCGAUGUUCAGUCUGAUGAAAGCGUGAACAGAGUUGUGAAUAAUGUUCUGGAUAAAUUUGGUCGUAUCGAUGUUCUUGUUAAUAACGCUGGUGUUCCUUGUGUGGGCCCACUUGCUGAAAUUCCUCUCUCUGCGAUUCAAAACACGUUUGAAACUAACGUCUUUGGUUUGUACAAAAAAAAAUUGAGUUCCAUGAGAAUGGUCCAGGCUGUAGUUCCCCACAUGGCAACUAGGAAACGGGGAAAGAUUGUUAACAUUGGAAGUGUUACUGGGUUGGUAUCUGGACCUUGGAAUGGUGCUUACUGUGCUUCUAAAGCUGCUCUUCAUGCUUUGACAGAUACAUUAAGAUUGGAACUUGGACAUUUUGGAAUUGAUGUUGUGAAUGUUGUCCCUGGAGCUGUGAAGUCAAAUAUUGGAAAUUCCGGCAUAGCUAUCUACAACCGCAUGCCGGAGUGGAAACUAUUCAAACCAUUUGAAGCAGCAAUCCGAGAGAGAGCUCUAUUGUCUCAGGGGUUAAGAUCAACCCCUACAGAUGAGUUUGCUAGACACACCGUAGCUGCUGUCCUUAGGAAGAAACCACCUGCAUGGUUCUCAUAUGGCCGUUAUUCUACUGCCAUGGCUGUUAUGUACCAUUUACCUCUCUGUGUUAGAGACUUUCUUUUUAAGAAAGCAAUGAAAUGUUGAUCUACACCCGCUGUCCAUCUUUAUGGCAAUCUCAAUCAAUAAAUUGUACUCCACUUUGAUAGCAGAUAAUAUCGGGGAAUCUCUUGUUAGGGGGCUUUCAAUUGUAAUAUUUUACUCGAAUAAGAUUUAACCCAUGAUAUUGCAACUUCAAUGUCUUCCUUUGUACAUAAAUCAGUUAUUAUUUUAUUUUGUGCAUUGGUUAGUAUAAUAAAAUCAAUUAUUAUUUCUUGAGUAA